CUUAUAGUUGAGUCUUAUAUUUCAUGGCUAAUAUUUAAACUAGUGUACAUUUCAUGUUUGUUGCUACUAGAUUGUCGGUGUACAUUGUUUGUGUUACAAAAAGAUAUUAUUUCGUGUGUCGAUAUACAUAAAUCUUCAAAUCGUAUAUUACUGGUUCUUAUGAGUAUAUGUGUGUACAGAGCAUAUAAUUUCUGACACUCUUAACCUAAAGUAUGUUUAUGUUUUCACUUUUAUUGAAUACAUAUUAAUUUUUACAGUGCCUAGAAUAAAGACUGCACAAAAGUUCAUAGAACAAGACGGAGGUAUAAUUUUAUUACUUAUUUUUGAAGAUAAUAUUUGCAGAAUUGAACAGACGAUAUUAGGUUCACAACAAUGGUAGUAGCAAUUUAAAUAUAAUGAUUAAAAACAGCAGUAAACACAAUUUGUACAUCAUAGUUUUCAUAGUAUUUCUCUAAAUCUAUUUCUUUCUUUAUUCUUGGUUGUAUGUUUUCUAUCAAGAAUAUUAUCUUAUUUAUGUACUAUAUUGCUACAAUUGCACUUAAUGCUGCUUCAUUUAAUGUUUUAUGUAUUAGAAGAAAGGCUAAUAAGUCUGCAAGAAAUAUCUUCAAAAAUAUGUUUUGAAAAAUUGCCGAAUAAAGCUCAGAAUUGCUGUAAUCAUUGUCAAUAAUCUAAUUGUGAAUCAAGGUAUUAUUGUACCUUUGUGUAGUUCAGAAGAAUGUAUCAGGAAAAUUUUUAUCACUUCAGCACUAAUAAUAUCUUUAACUUAUGCUUGAAUGCGAUUCGAUUUAUUAGGUACCAAUUUAUAUUCUAUAUUUUAACAGGAAUGUUUAAAGACUGCAGCUUGGAAAAUUCAAUCGAAGACAGUACAUGGUUGACGUUUAAACGUAGUCCAUGUAAUAUUGUAUUGGAAAAUAAGUCAAAUAGAAUAUUGACAAUGGGAGUGAAAAAGCAAACUUCCCAAAUAUUACACGCAAAAGAUACAGAAAAUCUGUCUCUACUAGGAAAUUACCUGACAAUUUUGCCCAACAGAUUUUCUCAAUGUUUAACAAAUUUAGUUCAUCUUGACUUAUCCAACAGCAGAUUAAAUGACCUACCAAACGCUCUAAAUGUUCUACGGCAACUAGUUUACUUAAACAUUGAUUCUAAUCGAUUUUGCUUUAUUCCAAACAUCGUUAGCGAAUUAACUAGUUUAAAAACUUUAACAGCUUGCAAUAAUUAUAUAAAAGAUGUCCCAAAUAAUUUAGAGAAUUUAACGAAUUUAGGAAAGUUGGAUCUCAGUUCUAAUAAAUUAAGAGACUUGCCAUGUUCAUAUUUGCAUUUAAAUCAGCUGAAAAGUCUUUCUCUUGCAAAUAAUCGAUUUAAAAUAAUUCCAAGCAGCGUUGAAAGUGGAAUGCAUAAUUUGCAAGAGUUUACAUUCUCUCGGAAUUCUUGCUCAGAGAUAAAUGUUUCUCCAAAGAGCAUUAAGUUGACUACAUUUUAUGCUGAACAAAAUGGCACUUGUCCAUCGUUCCCUAGGUGGAUAUUAAAUUCUAGGUACAAGAAUCUGGACACGGUGUCCUUGAAUAAUACAGUCUUUCAAACGUUCGAUUUGCCAGAAGAACAAGCUACAUUGAACAUCAAAGUGCUUUCUAUGAAACAAUGCCAAUUAUUCGAGACAAACGUAGAAAAAUUAGUUGCUAGAAUGAUACAUCUUGAACGAUUAAUAAUCGGAAAUAGUAGCUUCCAUAAUGGAAAUAGUUUUUGGUUUAUGCCAAUAAACUCGUUGAAAGAGCCAUCCAAUCUGAAAGAAAUCGAUGUGAGCGGAACACAGAUUCCACAAGUACCUAAAGAAAUGAUUAAUUUCGUUAAUUUAACUGUACUAAAUAUUAGUUCUAAUAAUAUUAGUUACAUACCAGAAGAAAUUUGUUCCUUGAUCAAAUUGAAAUGUUUGAUAAUAGAUAAGAAUAAUUUGACCACGCUUCCAAAGAAUAUUGAAAGACUAAUAUCGUUAAAUGAAUUGAAAGCAUGUCAGAAUCAUUUAUGCGAGUUGCCGGAUACUUUGGAAACUCUGAACAGUUUACAAUAUAUUGAUCUCUACGACAAUGAAUUUGAAACUGUACCAGAAGUUUUAAAGAAAUUGCCAGGCUUGAUAGGGCUGGAUCUUGAACAAAACUAUUUUCUGACCAACGAUUUAUUGUGUGGUCGAUACGAAAUUAUGAGAGCCAAUUUGAGGGAUCAUUGGAAAACCAGCUACAGAAUACUCAAUGGAAUCAAGAUAAAGUCACCUGAAGCAUUAGAAGAAGUAUUAUCUGAAAGGACAUGGCCAAUUUCAUCAUUGUCAUCAUCAUUGACAGACCUCUCGCUAGAUAAUUCCUGCAAGGAGGGAGGCUCGUGUUCAUCAGCCGAUUCUGGACAUAUGCAUUGGGAUACCUCGGAGGAUUCCGCCGAUGACUUUGAUCCUAAUGAAGGAAGAGAACCAAAGAUUCGUACCUACCCGCCAUUUACAUUUUACCGUCCAUUCCAACGGAUCUACUGUCCCGCGGAUCGUCACCCAAAGCGAGUGAAAUUGAAAAUUUUAAAAAUGUUACAGGAAGGAACUCUAGUGUGGCAAACGAAUUACGCGGAAGGCCAGUUCGACGAUCCUUAAGUACUUAUUACAGUUUAUCGCGUUUACAAUAUUAUCAUAAUAUUUCAAUUGAAGAUUCUCCAUUUACGACUUAAUCUUUCCGAGAAGGAAAUGCAUAUUUGACAAAAUAUUAUUAUUAUGAUAAUAUUAUUAUUUUUCAUAUUAUUUAUUUAUCGCUCAUCUGGGAGUAAUUUGAUUAACUUAAGUGUUUGAUUAAGAGUGAUUUUUUUCUACUUUCAUCGAGCAGUGAUAUUACACUAUAGAUAUACAUAGAUAUACACUAUAUAUAUAUUGACCGCAAUAAUUGCACUUCGGUCAAUCGAAUAGACUGAAUGGUUCAAUGCCGUAUCCAGUUCCUAAAACUUCAAUUUAUUUUGAUCGUUUGUAAUAUUUUACCCAUUGUCAUCGACGAUGCGAAACAUUAAUCUAUUUACUGCUUAAAGUUGUUCAAAGAUUAACUAGGUAUUAAAAAGAGGAAUUAAACUGCCAAAGUUUAGAAUAAAAAUUACUCGUUUUAUCAA